UAAUAGAAUUGUUUAACUAGAUUUUUUUUCUUCAGUCACUUUCACAAACCCUAACAGCGUAGCUGAUCGCCGAGCAGUUUUCCGGUUCACCCUGCCGGAGAAGUUGUAGCCGUUGGCCGGUGUUUUACUCCAAAUCAUCUAUGGAUUCCAAUGAAAAUGGGCUUACUCAGCUCACUCCUAGUGAUACUGGUGGUGAUAAUGAAAUAGCUGGUGUGGAUAACGGAGAAGAAGAGCAUAACUCGAGCAAGAGAAGAUCAAGCUCUAAGCCUAGUUCCCGUGAUUAUGAGGGUGAAAGAGAAUCUUCAAGAAGCAGAGACAGAGAGGGGGAAAAAGGACGUGAUAAGGACAGAGGUAGGAGCAGAGACAAAGAUAGAGAUCGGGAAAAAGAUCGCGAUCGUCGCCACAGCGAUCGAAGCGAGAGGAGUAGGACUAAAGGUAGAGAUGAUGAUGCUAACGUUUCUGAUGGUGGUCCUGAGAGUCGGGAAUACUGGCAGAAAGAUUAUGAUAGAGAGAGGGAUGAGAGGCACAAACAUAGGUCAAAAUCUUAUGAGAGAGAGCGGGAGGAAAGGCAUAGACACAGGUCCAAAUCAUACGACAAGGAUAGAGAGGAAAGGGAUAGGCACAGGUCAAAAUCCUAUGACAAAGAUCGAGAGGAUAGGCACGGACGUAGAUCUCACUCAAGGGGAACAUCUAGUCAUAGGUCCAGAUCACGUUCUGGGUCUCGUUCACGCUCCAAAAGCAAAAGGGUCAGUGGGUUUGACAUGGCACCUCCUACUUCUGCUCUGUUAUCUGGUGCUCCUGCUCUUAUAGCUUCUGCAGGUCUACUCCCUGGCACUGCCCCAGCUAUUCCUGGAAUGCUUCCUAACAUGUUCCCUUUGGCCUCUGGACCGCUUGGAGCUAUUCCUGUUCUGCCAGUUCAGGCAAUGACUCAGCAGGCAACGAGACAUGCAAGGCGAGUUUACGUUGGUGGACUUCCUCCAACUGCAAAUGAACAGUCAGUGGCUACAUACUUCAAUCAUGUUAUGUCAGCUAUUGGUGGAAACACUGCCGGUCCAGGUGAUGCGGUCGUUAAUGUUUAUAUAAACCAUGAGAAAAAGUUUGCAUUUGUUGAGAUGAGAUCUGUGGAGGAGGCCAGCAAUGCCAUGGCCUUAGAUGGCAUUAUCUUUGAGGGAACACAAGUUAAGGUCAGAAGACCGACUGACUAUAAUCCCUCUCUGGCUGCAACUCUUGGUCCGAGCCAACCGAAUCCAAACCUUAACCUUGCUGCAGUAGGAUUAUCACCAGGAUCCACUGGUGGGCUUGAAGGUCCUGACCGUAUUUUUGUGGGAGGCCUGCCUUACUAUUUCACUGAAGCUCAGAUUAGGGAGUUGCUGGAGUCCUUUGGCCCUCUUCGGGGGUUUAAUCUGGUCAAAGAUAAAGAAACUGGAAACUCGAAAGGCUAUGCGUUUUGUGUCUAUGCUGAUGUGUCAGUAACAGAUAUUGCCUGUACAGCUCUGAAUGGUAUUAAGAUGGGUGAUAAAACUCUUACUGUCAGGCGUGCAAGUCAAGGUACUUUACAGCCUAAGCCAGAGCAGGAGAUUGUAUUAAUGCAUGCUCAGCAACAAAUAGCACUGCAGAGACUCAUGCUACAACCUGGAGGACCUCCUACUAAAGUCUUAUGCCUAACACAUGUGGUUAGCCCGGAUGAGCUCAAAGAUGAUGAAGACUACGAAGAUAUAGUGGAAGAUAUGAGAAUGGAAUGUGGGAAAUUUGGUAAUUUAGUGAAUUUAGUCAUCCCACGCCCAAGGACCGAUGGUGAACCUACACCUGGGGUUGGAAAGGUCUUUUUGGAGUAUGCGGAUGUGGAGAGUUCUUCGAGAGCUCAACAAGGAUUGAAUGGCAGAAAAUUUGGAGGAAACGAAGUUGUUGCUGUCUUUUAUCCAGAGAACAAGUUCUCCGAGGGGGACUAUGAGGGCUAGGGUAGGUAGUAUCUGCUCUUGAGUGCACUCUCAGCCAGACAAUGUCUUGUAUGGAAUAGGUAGCUAAUGUUAUAUCAUUAACGUUGGAAAUGUUAGGUCGGUGUGGGGAUUUUAUGUAACCAGCUAUAAGACUGGCUGCUUACUUAGAUAGCGAUAGAGCUAGUAGGAAAGCAGUUUGCCUAGUCAAAGAGGCAUCGCGUGUUUUGCCCGUGCAUGGCUUUACUUGCAAUAGCCUGGUCUGUUCAUUAUUACUUAGUGACACAUUGAUAUCGUUAGCCAUCUCGAAGUUUUCUAUCUCUAGAACCAGAAAGUUAUUGUGGCUAUUACAAAAUUGUUAUCUCAAUUUUAUAAUGGUAGUAAUUGUGAACCUUGUGCCAUCCUUAUCUAUGUGACGGGAGUUUCAGUAA